CCACAUCUAUCUGCAAUUAAAAAAACUCAUAUUCCUCUGAUAAAGAUUCAAUUUUUCUUGCUUUUAAAGCUUGGAAGGCUCUAUUUCUACCUGUGAAACUGAGCCAUGGGAGAGGGAGAGGAGGUUGUAGAAGGGAGAGCAAUGGACAUUAGUCUCAAGGACCUAUCGAAGAAACUCGAUGAAUUUGCGAAGGCCAGAGACUGGGAGAAGCAUCACAGUCCUAGGAAUUUACUCCUUGCUAUGGUUGGUGAAGUAGGGGAGCUGUCGGAGAUAUUCCAGUGGAGGGGAGAGGUGGUUAGAGGCCUACCUAAUUGGGAGGAAUCAGACAAAGAGCAUCUGGGAGAAGAGUUGUCUGAUGUACUGCUAUAUCUUAUCAGAUUGGCUGAUAUUUGUGGCAUUGAUCUUGGUGAUGCUGCUGCCAAAAAGAUAGUCAAGAAUGCUGUCAAAUACCCACCCAAGGUCUUCUGAGAAAUAUUUGUAUCUGUCAGUUUUGUUUGCUUAGUGAGAAAUGCCAAUGAAAUAUCAAAAUAAAUUUCGAUCUCCUACUGCUGUAGGCCUUUUCUGACCAUUUUUAUAG